ACAGGCCAUUGAUGAAGAAUAUUUGCAUGUGGAUGCACAGUUUGGGGGACUGGAUCAGAGGAAAAUUUUUACAUUUGCUGAAAAGGUGAGACUGCAAAACUGCUUGAGACUCACAGCACUGUAUGCCUCUUCAAAUACUGUAUUGCCCUGGGACUAGAAUAAACUGUAUAGCCUUGCGUAUAUGUCUCAGUUUUGCUCUCUAAUGAUCUUGUACUAUUGAACAUAUUUAGUAUCUACCAAUGCUUGGUUAUAAAAAGAGGAUACAUCUCAUGAAUCCAAUGGGUAAGAAAUUUGAACUUCAUUGCUCUACAUUGGAGAAUUUUGGCCAGUAAUGGGAGUCAUGUUACCCCAGUGUUCUUAUGUUACUGUUUGAUCAUGUUACUAGUUCCUGGUCUCACUGGAACAAAAAUGAGCGCAUCUGAUGAGGUUUGUAUUGUCAAGUUCUGGUCAAGUUGUAUUUCUAUGUGUGUUCACUGUCCUUUUGACCUUCUGUAUUGAAUGAAGUCCUAGUUGGAUGAGAGUUGAGAAGCGAGAGUUUGCAUGAGAGUGUUCUCAACUCAUGCCCUGGUCAAACAGAAACAAGAGUUGACUAGAUAUUGCCGCACACAUAGCCAAAGAUCUCAUCAACUCUCAUCAAAAUUUGAACCACCUCAAAGUUGAUGAGAGUCAAUCAAUCAAUCAAUCAAUCGAUCAAUCAAUCAAUCAAUCAAUCAAUCAAUCAAUCAAUCAAUCAAAAUGUUUAAUCAAGAUACCUACGAGCUAUAUACAGGAGGUAGGUCCUUGCAGGAGGAUCGGAAGGUUAACCCUAUAAAAGAACCCCCUUAGGGUCAGUGGUCAAGCGAGAGUUUGGCAACUCUCAAUGCCUCUUGUCAAAUCUCAUCCUCGUUUUACUGAGGCUUAACAAUCCACAACUUAAUUCCUUUACAGGAUUCGAAAAUAGAUCUACUGGAUAGCGCUUCUGCAGUUAAAAAGAAAGUUGCCAAGGUAUGCUAAUGAAAUUGCGUAAAAACAAUGGAAAAUUGACUGUACAUCAUGCCAAUGGCAAUAUGGUGUUGCGGUUGUGAGUACCCUGCCUUAUAGUCUAUUUAGUUUAGUAUAAUUAUUACUUUGUCAUAACUGUUAAGACUAUCUGGCGAAGUGUGUGUGUGUAUGCAAAAACAAAGUAAAGUGGACUGUAUUUAUGUUACAUGUUUCAAAUGACAAUAUGGAAGUAUGAUUUAAUGAUUCCUUAAGACUCUUCCAUAACGUUUGUGUGCAAAAUUUAAAAUGUUCCUCAAUCUUCUUGCCAUUACUCCUCAAGACGCCACGAGAUCCAACUUUUUUCCAGAUCCGACUAUAAUUAUGUCUGAUUCUAUUAUAUCCAGGCAUUCUGCGAGGAAGGAAAUAUUACAGAGAAUGGUAUUCUUUCGUUUGCAAAGUUUGUUAUUUUCCCAAUUUUGGAAUUGCAAGGUGGAAAAGGUAAGGAUUGCAGCAAAAGUUGUGAGUUACCUCGCGUAACAUGGCGGUAACAAGUUACACGUAUCUUUGUUUAGAUUUUGUCAUUCAUCGCAGGGAGGAAAACGGUGGAAAUAUUACAUUUAAAACUUACCAGGAUGUUGAAGAUACGUUUGCGAAGAAGGUAAAGCAACGAUUAAAUCUAGUUUAGUGCACCAGGUGCGAUAAUUCACGUACUUACUCCAAUACCACGCUCUGAUACAUCCUAGCCAUGAGGCCCUGGGACCGAGGAUGGGUCUGAUACUUCUUUGUUUUGUGGUCCCAGGCACACAAAAGUUCUCUACCUCUGGUUACUAAUUAAAAAUGAUUAAUAAGGGUAAAAUAUUUGAUUUUAGGAACUUCAUCCACAAGACUUGAAGAACGGCGUGACAACGGCGCUUAAUAAG